AUGGCGGCGAUCUCAUUCUCGUUUGCUUGUUUCAGAGCCAUCUUUCUCGGUGCGUUGAUCAUCAUCUGCCUUGCUCAUCCUUCCGCCGGAGUUCCUUUGGAAGAACUGGAAAGAGCCCUCACAGUCCUCCGCGUCAGAGGCCGAGCUCUCUUCGCCAACGCCAUCAUCACCUCCGAUCUGCUCUUCGAUCUACUCGACGUCGAGUCCCUCACACUCUUCGGCCCAACCGAUUCCAUGCUCUUCGAUCUCGACAUGACUCAUUCUCUUUCCUUCUACGUUUCCACGCUCCGCCUCCACUCCGUUCCCGUCCGCCUCCCGUUUUCCGAUCUCCGAUCACUCCCCAACGACUCCUCUCUCCCAACGCUCCUUCCCAAUCACCAUCUCGUCCUCACCAAGUCGUCUUCCUCCAACGACUCCAUUUAUCUCGACGGUGUCCACCUUCUCCUUCCUGGUUUGUUCUAUGGACCACAUCUUGCCGUUCACGGUCUCGCCGAUCUUCUUUCCCUCACCGCCAACACCGCCUCUUUGGCUUCCCGCCGUUCCGCUCCUUUGCCUCCCUUGGUGGAUCCGCCGGCAGAGUCACCGUGGUUCGUGGAUUCAAGAUUUUCACCGGCGCCAGAGCCUUACGUCUCUUUUCUAGGUGUUUCACCAGCAGAAUCGCCGAGAGUUGAGGAAGAAGUUUCACCAUCGCCGUGGAGAGAAGACAUGAUCGUAGGCGAUGAAGGAGGUCCGUUAGAUUGGAGGACUAACCACUUUUGA